ACACACUCCGGGACGGGGAGCACGCCAACGCCGUGUCGUCUGCUGCCUCCGCGCCGGCCUGGACAGCUCUCUCGACCUGGGCACCGCGUCCUCCGACCCGAACGACAACAACAACGACGUCGGCGACUCGGUUGCGUCCUGCUGGCUGGACGACUCCAGUGCGACUCCAGUCGGGCGCUCGUGUGUGCCUCCGAGUCCACUUUCGCCGGCUAUGGGCAACCUCGCGGAGUCCAGCGCGCCGCGUCAGUGACAGUGUUCAUGUGUGUGUGUGAGAGUGUGUGUGAGUGACUCGUCACGUGACGGUGCUGUCAUGUCAAUAAGGACGCGGCAGAGCGAUUGCGCCAGAAGGUGAUUCUUUGGGGAGACGACGACGUCCGAGCAGAGAUAAGAUAGUUCCGUUUCCCGUCGAGAGAGAGAGAGAAGUCUUCCGCGGUGCAGCCCCGGCGGCGCAGCAGCAGCAGAAGAGAGAAGGAGCGCCAAAGCUAGACGCCGCGAGGCAGCCGGGCAGCGCGGACCACGUGCACACAUCGGACUGGUGGAGUGAGCGCUGCCGCAUGCAGCAGGCACGGCGGCGGCGGUAAGGGCGCAUGGGCCAUGAGACAUGACGCGCCAUGCUCUCGGCCAUGCUGCGCGCCCCGCUGCUCUCCCUGCUGGCCCUGCUGCUCGCGCUCGCCAGCGCCGCUGACGCCGCCAGGAGGUCCGGGUCGCUGGCGGGCGGGGGCGCGGGCGCGCUCGCCUACGAGGAGGCCGGGCUGGCGGGCGCGCUGCUGUGCCGCACGCUGGCGGGCCUGAGCCGCGACCAGCAGGCGCUGUGCCGCCGCCAGCCCGACGCGACGUGGACGGCGCUGCAGGGCCUCCGCGUCGCGUCCAACGAGUGCCAGCAGCAGUUCAAGAGCCAGCGCUGGAACUGCUCGACGCUGUCGCCCCGCGGCCUGGCCGGGCUGGCGGGCAACCCUCAGGGCGCCGCCCUCAUGCAGGCAGGCUUUCGGGAGUCGGCGUUCGCGCACGCCAUCUCGGCGGCGGGCGUGACCCACGCCAUCUCGCGGGCGUGCGCGCGGGGCCAGCUGCUGGACUGCGGCUGCGACCACUCUGAGGUGUCCGACAGCGGUCGCCUGUCCUGGGUCGGCGCCCGCGCCCUGGGCACCGGCGCCCCCGCCGCCAACGCGCCCGGCGCCAGGAACUUUCCCGCGGCGCGCUGGAAGUGGAGCGGCUGCUCGCACAACGUCUUCUUCGGCGGCGACUUCGCCAAGGCGUUCCUGGACGGCAGGCGGCCCGCCACCGACAUCCAGGCGCGCGUCAACCAACACAACAGCCGCGCCGGCAGACUGGCGGUGAAGACCAACAUGCAGGUGCGUUGCAAGUGCCACGGCGUGUCGGGGUCGUGCGAGCUGCGGACGUGCUGGCGGGCGGCGCCCGACUUCCGCACGGUGGGCUCGGCGCUCAAGGAGCGCUUCCAGGCGGCCGUCCUCGUGGACCAGAGCAACCUGGGCGGCGGCCACCCGCUGCUGCGUGACAACCGCGCCCGCAACCGCGCCAACAGGCGCCCACCCUCGGCACCCGCGGAGGACGAUGACGCCGACGACGGUGGCGACGACACCAUCGGCGGCGACGUGACCAACAACAGGCCGUACCGGCAGCGGCCCAAGCGGCGGCCGCGGCCGCGCCGCCGGCCCGCGCGCGACCUCUCCCUAGACCUCCUGUACCUGCAGCGCUCGCCCAACUUCUGCGACAAGGACGCGUCCGUGGGCUUCCCCGGCACGGCGGGCCGGCGCUGCGAGCGCGACCCCCUGGCCGCGGGCGCCGACCCCGCCGAGGCGUGCGACUCGCUGUGCUGCGGCCGCGGGUACAACCUGGUGCGCGCCAACCACACGCGCCGGUGCCAGUGCUCCUUCAUGUGGUGCUGCCAGGUCAAGUGCGAGACCUGCACCGUGGACGAGUGGGUGGCCGUGUGCAAGUAGCAGCGGGCAGCGCUCCGGCGCGCCGUGGAGGUAGGCAGCCCAUUCGACGGCCCGGACCGGCGGCCUGGCCCACCCCGCCCCUGCCUCCUGUGCAGCAAACCAAAGCAUCAGGGAGGUCCACUUGGUGGCCCGACAGAUCCCUGGACCACAGCAGUCUAAGUCAAGAGUGAACCGAUCACUUCAAUGUUUAAAGCAAAUAGAUGAAAGGCGGGGAAUCUAUCCUUAAACCACCCCCACUUGGUUUACAUGGCCACAAUGGCAUUCAUUUAAAAAUUACCUGUGGGCCAGUCAAGAACCUCUCUCUUUUCAUCUUUGAAUCAUUUGUAAAAUAUUAUGAAGUGUAAUUGAGAUUAUUGCUAUAACCCUGUCAUGAAUUAUUUAUUGGCAAACCUCUUGCUCUAAUUUACCAUUUUAUUUAUGAAUUAAGAUAAAAUUGUUAAAUAUUCUGUUAGUUUUACUAAUAACGGCUUCCAUGACAUGUAAUUUACCCAUGAUGAUGAACUGUGAUGGAUAUGAUGUGAAAUAAAACCAUAUCUUCAAACACAAUGUUUACUAAUCUAAUACUGGAAUGUACAAUUAAUACACUGAUCACACAUUCAAGCAGAGAGAAUUACAAUGGAUGAGACUGAUCUGAUAAUUAAUGAAUUGAGAAGUCUUCAGUUGUGUUUGAUUUACUAUUUUUGUGCUUUUGUCUGACAAUAUACAAUUAUUUACACAAAACUGGUUUCAUUGAAGUUCGCAUAGCUUGCACUCUGAUGGACGACAAAAGUUUACAACACCAAAAGGCCUAAAUCAGAAACUUACUUUUUAACUGUCCAGAAUAAGAUGACAAGACAUUUAAUGGUUGAAAAAAAUGAGCACAAAGAUAGGAAGAUCAACAAUGUGAGCAGAAUGCAUAAUCUCUCACGCAGUUGGGCAAUUCUCCUUGAUUUACAAUUUCUUUGAUAAAAUGUCAGGGGUACUGUACAAAAGAAACACCGCCAAUAACAAACCAUAAAUUCAACAAUGCAAUGCAAUAAAUUUCUAUACCUUAAUCUCCACUCUUCAAUAAUAAUUUCAUGAUAUGGGAUUUAUUAAUACAAUUUUUCCCUAAAAGCUGUUUCAUCAGUUUGUGGUAACUUUAAUGUAUUUCUCUUUAAAAAUUAUGGCUGCAAAUGCUUGCAUAAAAUAGAAGUACUCCAAAUAAGUACGUACAUAUAACCUGUAUGACUGGCAAAAAAAAAUGCUGAAAUGCAACAGAAUAAAAAUACA